GCGGUUGCCGGAAGCGGCCGUUCUGUCCCGCAGGGCGAUGGCGACGGGCGGCCCCUGAGGCGCCGCCAUGUACUCUGGUGCCGCUGCGGGACCGCCGCGCCGGGACUUCAUCUCCGUCACCCUCGGCCCGGAGGAGGCGGUCGGGGUUGGUGGCUACAACAACAGCAAGGCCUGGCGGCGGCGCUCCUGCUGGCGGAAAUGGAAGCAGCUGUCCCGACUCCAGCGGAGUAUCAUUCUCUUCCUGUUUGCAUUCUUGGCAGUGUGUGGAGUAAUUUCGUACACAAGCAUGGGGGAAGCAUGGAAAAGUAUAACAAACAAAUCAUUGGAUGAACAAGAACAAGAAAUUCCUAGAUUAAAGCUGGAAAAUCCAGCUGUUCUACCAGCACCCCAAAAAGGAGAUGCCAACCAUGGAGACUACCCUGAGCUUUCACUGCAGAAGCCACCAAAACUGCCUCAUGUUCGUCGCGGUCCUUCCAAUCUUCAGAUCAAGGCACCACAGAGAGACACGAGGCUGAAGACCCGACAUGAUACCAUGAGGGUUGUAGAAGAGCUUGUCGAAGUGGAUAAAGUAGAGAAAACAGAGAAAUCCAUUAUCAGCUGGAGAGGAGCAGUGAUAGAACCUGAGCAAAACACUGAAUCUCCAUCCAAUAAAAUAACAGAACCAGAAAAACCUUCAUCUGUGGAAGCUGAAGACCAGAAAGAACCAGUGCCCAUCAAUGAGCGCCAGCUGGCUGUGAUUGAAGCCUUCCGUCAUGCCUGGAAAGGGUACAAGGAUUUUGCCUGGGGCCAUGAUGAGCUGAAGCCUUUGUCAAAGUCUUACAGCGAGUGGUUUGGACUUGGGCUUACCUUAAUUGACGCCUUGGAUACCAUGUGGAUUUUAGGCUUAAAAGAAGAGUUUGAAGAAGCAAGAAAAUGGGUAGAAAAUGAUUUAGUAUUUGAUAAAAAUGUGGAUGUGAAUCUGUUUGAGAGCACUAUCCGUAUCCUGGGUGGCUUGCUGAGCACCUACCACCUCUCCGGAGAUAGCCUUUUCCUGGAAAAAGCUAAAGACAUUGGAAACAGGCUUAUGCCAGCAUUCAAGACCCCCUCCAAGAUACCAUAUUCUGAUGUCAACAUUGGUCGAGGCACUGCACAUCCCCCUCGCUGGACAUCUGACAGCACUGUGGCAGAGGUGACCAGCAUUCAGUUGGAGUUUAGGGAGCUCUCUCGUCUGACUGGAGAUGAAAAAUUCCAGAAAGCUGUAGAUGAGGUGAUGAAGCAUGUUCACACCCUCUCAGGGAAAAACGAUGGCCUUGUGCCUAUGUUCAUAAAUACCAACAGUGGGCAGUUCACCCACCUGGGGGUCUACACUCUGGGAGCCAGAGCUGACAGCUACUAUGAGUAUCUUCUCAAGCAGUGGAUUCAGGGUGGAAAGAAAGAAAAUGAGCUGUUGGAAGACUAUAUGAGAGCCAUAGAAGGAGUGAAAAAGCAUCUUCUUCAGAGAUCAGAACCCAGGAAGCUUACUUUUGUGGGAGAGCUUGCUCAUGGCCAUUUCAGUGCCAAGAUGGAUCACCUGGUUUGCUUCUUGCCCGGAACUUUAGCACUGGGAGCUCACAAUGGACUGGCUGCUGAUCAUAUGAAAUUGGCUGAAACUCUUAUAGAAACCUGCUACCAGAUGUAUGCUCAAGUAGAGACAGGCCUGAGCCCAGAGAUCGUACACUUCAACCUCCAUGCACAGAAGGGCCACAAGGAUGUGGAAAUCAAGCCUGCAGACAGGCACAACUUACUGCGACCAGAAACUGUGGAAAGCCUUUUUUAUAUGUACAGAUUCACUGGUGAUAAGAAAUACCAAGACUGGGGCUGGGAAAUCUUGCAGAAUUUCAACAGAUACACCAGGGUUCCUACAGGUGGUUAUACUUCCAUUAACAACGUUCAGAAUCCGAGUAAUCCAGAACCACGGGAUAAAAUGGAGAGCUUCUUCCUUGGGGAAACACUCAAAUACAUGUUUCUGCUGUUUUCAGAUGACGUAGACUUAAUCAACCUUGACAAAUACAUCUUUAACACAGAGGCUCAUCCACUCCCUAUCUGGGUGCCAGCAUAGACUCUGCAUCAGUGGAUCUUUCAGUGGUGGCAUUUUUAUCUUCAAGUCACUUUACUUUUCAGGGUUUGAGGAGAGAUGCUAUAAUGCACCUUUUUUGACUUCAAACAACAAACAAAACCUUUGGGAAAAGCAUCUCAGUUUGAAGAAAUCAUGUCAGUCUUAAAUACAAUCCCUGGUUCUGGGAUGGGUAAAGCUGUGCCAUAUGAAGCUGGUUUCCUUGGUACUGAUGAUGAGGUUCAGAAGGUAAUUGUAGUGUGGACCAUGACAUUCUCUGGGCUCUGGUGAUCCAGAACUCACUUAUGUCAGUGUUACUAAAUGCACAUUAAAUACUGGAAAUGCAGCGAGUUGGCUUAGGGCACAGCGUUGUUCCUGGAGAGCAGGAAUAAGCCUACAGUUUUCUGGUUUAUUCUGAAUUCACUGAAAUACUGGAUUACAGACCCAUUCCUUUGUCAGAUUGUGACAGUGGUUCAGGUAGAAAGUGGAAUAAACAAAGAGCUGUAGUGGUGUCCCAGGGAGAAGCUGUCAGUAUUGCUGCUGGUACUCUGAUCUCAUUCCAAACUCCCAAGCUAUGCUGCAUCACCUUAAAAGGAGAAGGCAGCAGAGCAUCUGUUGUGUAUAGUGUCUUAGUUUUGUAGAGUACUUUGAAGAGUCUGUUCAAGCUGUGGCUGAAAUGAAUGGUGAAAGAGGAUUUGCUGCUGGUUUGGCUCAAAGUGGUAUAUAAUUUUGUAGCGGUAUUGCAGUUUUUUAACUUCCCUGCAGGAAUGCAGGAGAUAAUGUGAAAUUCAAGUAAAACUAGAUGUGCAUUUUAUAUCUUAUUUCCAUCAGUUAGACUCAGGUAUUCUGACUGAAAGCUGCUUUCUGAGGCUGGGCACUGGGAAAGCUUGUGAGCAUAUUAGGUAUCAGCCUCCUUCUGUCCCUUCCUGUUCAGAUAUCACAACAUGGGUGUUUGUUGAUUCAAAAUAAGCUUACAACUGUACAGCAAAGUUCUUGCUUUUCAUAAUUUCUUGGACUAUGGAGAAAUUUUCAGCUGUUUUUUUUUUUUUCUUUUGGAGUACAUUGGGUAUUUUCAGCAGUAGUGUUGAAAGCAGACAGUCUAAAGGUAUUACAGCAGUUCUAGGCCCCAGUAGAAUUGGAGAAAUUAAUUUCAGUUACUUGAAAACAAAGUAGACCCAGGUUUUUAAAGAAUCUUAUAUGAGCCCUGAGAUCUUUCAUUUUUAUGUGUGCACACUUAGAGAUUUUAAGCCAUGAAUUGGGAAAUGAGCUUUCUAGAGUGCUUUUCCUUUUGAAUUUGGACUUGGACAGUCCUGUAUUCACAGAUAAGAUCUCAGAAAUGUGAUUGUUCGUAUUUCCAGAAGAGGUUGGUCUCACUCGAAGUCUCUUUCCCCCAUGGCACUGGGUGUCAUGGGCAGGGCCAGGAGCUGCAGUCCCCACUAAAUCCAGGGGUCCCAUGCCAUUAAUGGAGCUGACUGAAUUUGACUGUAAUGAUUCAUUUUCCAGUGGCUGAGGGAGGUAUUUUAUAGUAAUUGUAACCUUAGAUUUGUAAAGGAAGAUGCCUCUUUAUUUGUUUUAUGCUGGUCCAUUCUGUUUGCUGGAGUUACAAGUUACUCUUGGGACCACUGUUUAAGUCUUUUAUAUUAUAUUUAUCAUUCCAUGAACUAAUGGAAAUGGGCAAAUUUUACAAAUUAUUUAAAUGCACAUUUCUUUGUCAUCAGAGGGACCCUGUCCUGUGGUUGACAGGACAUGACUAUUCAGUGCAGAAUGUUAAUGUUCCUUCCAUUCCCAUGCCAGCAGUAACUCUGAGAGAGCUUCUCACAAGUGCAGUGGAAUCCAGUCCCUAUGGCCUUUGGCUGCACAACUGAUUUGCUGCCAAGGCUUCUGUUUUCUUUGGCACAACAAAUGAGGAUAGUGCAGGGGAAAUGUGGAAGGAAACAACCUUCAGCUUUUUUUGCUCCUGAAGCAGGUUUGUGCUGCUGAGGAGCUGAGCUUUGGUUAAAAGCUAAAGGCUUAAAAUUGGAGACUAAAGAAAAAAAAAGAAAAAUAUAAAUUCACCGACACUACCUAGGUCCUGCUGACAUGUGUUGCUUUGGCCUUGUGCCUUUGAACAAAGCAAAUCUUGGACCUUUAAUUAUGACUGUGCUAUGGAUUGUAAAACUUCAGAGUUCAUUGUUUCACCCAGAGAGCUGCCUGACAGAGGCAAGAGAGCUUUCUUAGAAAAUGGAAUACAUAUAAAUGCUUACCAGAAGCCUUCUGGUUUUGAAGGUACGUAAGUCUUUAUGUUAAUUGAUUCUACAAAUGCGAUUUUGGGAGUCUGUGUAAAACUUUUUUUGCCUUAUGAUUGGCUUGAGAGUAAUAAUUCGUUUCCUAAUGAGUUGAAGGAGAGAAUAAUAAACUGUCACUUUCCCAAACAUGUCUUGUCUUUUAGCUGAGUCUGUUGGCCCAACUGAUUUCUAUCUAGUUCUUCUUGGGACAUGCAGUCUCCUCAAAAUGUGGCCUUACAUUUUGUCCUCAAGCCUUUAAACCUGAGGUUCAGAUUGUUAGCUCUCACUCCCUUUGAUAACAAAUGCUUGUUUCAGACCCCUAUUAUCAUGUGUGAAAUAGCACAAACUAAAUAAUCUCAACAACGCUCAUCUGUUCUUUUGCAGAGAUAAUUUUAAUUGCUUAUUUAUUUUCACUUUCUUAAUAAACUCUGAGCUCCACAGCCUAUUUCUGUCCCGUGGUGUGCUCCCCCAGUGCAGCAGAAGCUCAGAGUUUCCUUGUGGUUGUUUCAAAGCUUGAACUGGGUCCAUAAUCCACUUGGGUGUUUCUGCAUGCUGGGACACUCUUGGCUUAAGUGUUGUGGGAAGGCCACCACUGAGCCAGGGAUUCUGUCCUUCACAAUGGAAAGCCUUGGGCUUUCACUGAGAGACAGGCAGAGCCACAGAGAACUGCAUCACUGUGGACUUAAGAGUCUCACACUUGGGGCCUUGAGCCACAGUUAAGGAAAUACUGACCUGUUUGGUCAAAGAAAAUUUGGCAGAUGGAUGGGGCACUGUUACCAUCUAAUCCCUGACCUUUAAAAGCUGAAUUCUCACUACAGGUCUUAGAAACUGGCAGUUUUGCAAGGUCCCUGGUAGUGGCUGCCUGCACCCUUGUGUUUUGCAGGACUUUGAUGUAACAGGAUUUUCAGUAUUCCAUGCCAAGCUCAGGUACAGGUCUAUUUACUCCUCCAACGAAUACACCCUGUUUCCUGUUCCAUGCCAGUGUGAUGUUGGCAGUAAUGACAGAUAAAUACAGGAAAGGUUUUUGCAAUAACACAUUUAGUUUUCUACAUUUUUCCUGCACUUCGGGAUUUGCCUCAGCUGUGCUCUCAGAAAUAGCCCUGCAAGGGAAUUCAGCUCCUGAUUGCUAGUGCCACACUCAGUAUAUUUAACAGGAUCAGUAAAACUGACAUGAUGGGGCAGCUUCAUGAAGCGUUUUGCUUCAAGAGGAGGAGGUAAGAUCUUUCUGACUUAGGAUUUAGGCAGAAAGAGUUGGGGGGUUUUUGGUCUCUGAAAUACUGCUGGAGAUUGCUGUCCAAAGCUGGACGCCUCUGUCCACUGGAGCCCAACCCUGAGUUCCUGUUCUGUAUAAUGUUUCAAACUUGGCUGCACUUACUGUGUCAGUAAAUGAUGAUAGAACAAAUAAGCCUUUGUUCAACAGCCUCACAGGUGCAGGCCUUAAGCACAGGGGCUGCACCUGUGGUCUGGUCUGGGGUCUGCUUACACGUCAUUUUCCUUGUGUGGCCCUGAAGUUCAACCAGGAGCAGCAUCCCCAUGAUACUCAAGAGUGGUGCUUUGGGGCUCUUCUCUUCAGCUCAGACAGCACCACACAACAGGGUGUUCUUUUUACCUCCCAUGCUCAAGAAUUCAAAACACGGAUGUUGGUGGCACUGGCUUCUACCAUGAUUUCUUUUAUAGCAGUGUUCAUCUGUCCUGGAUGUCCAUGUGUAUUAUCUCUGCCAUAGUAUCUGAAAGCCUUUCAUAUCAAACUAUGUGUAUUCCUUUGGAAUAGUAACUAUCUGUAAGAGGAAAAUAAGAGCUCAGUAUAGUCCAGUAGAAGGGGAUUAAAAAACUCAUUCUUCUAGAAGGUCAGAAGAUAUGCAGCCCUGCUUUCUCUCCAAAGCACAAACCCAGCCCUGGUGACUGGAAUGAUUUGCAGUGACUUCCUAAAACACUUUUCCCUGAACCUGGCUAUGUUCAUACACUGCUGGGCUGGCGAUCACUGGAUGCCUGCUUAUGGGUGUGAAGGGUGCUGUUUGAAGGGAAAUAAAAGCAGGAUGCAAUCCUU